AUGGACUCCCUUGUCCUCAACCAGCUGUUUCGCCAGCUGUUCCGACAUCCAGCAUGUCAAUCCAUACGUCGUUCACCAUCCUCAUUACCACGUAAUCAAACUCGUUCAUUCCUCACACGUCGCACACCCGCGAAACGUAAGGUGCAGGAUGAUGGCAUGCUCUGGGUCAAGCGAGGAGAUAUCUCCAAGAAUAUCGAUGAAGAAUAUCGGACAUACCCCACUGUAACAGCGAAGGAAUUGCGCAGUCGGCGCGAGCGACCUAGACAGGUGAAAAUGUUAACACGCGAAUUCAUCGACGAUAGUCUGUAUAACCCCCAUUACGGUUACUUUUCGAAGCAUGCAACUAUCUUCACGCCUGGCGAGCCAUUCGACUUUAACCGCAUUGACGACGGGCCAGCCUUCCAUCGGAUGGUGGGAGAACGAUACAUUGAAUUCGAAGACCGACUCGACGAGAUAAAACCAGACAUUGCGCGUCAGCUGUGGCAUACACCGACGGAGCUUUUCAAGCCGUACUAUGGCGAGACUAUUGCACGUUACCUAGUUUCAAACUACAAGCUCACCCUUUACCCCUACCAUGACUUGAUCAUUUACGAGAUGGGUGCUGGAAACGGUACAAUGAUGUUGAACAUCUUGGAUUUCAUCCGUGAUACCGAUUAUGAGGUCUACCAGCGUACCAAGUUCAAGAUUAUUGAGAUCUCGCCUGCCCUUGCAGAUCUGCAGUACAAGAACCUGACAGAUGCCCUCAACUCCCGCGGCCACCGAGACCGCGUUGAGAUCAUCAACCGGUCAAUCUUUGACUGGGACACAUACGUACACUCUCCGUGUUUUUUCCUCGGUCUUGAGGUCUUUGAUAACUUUGGCCAUGACACAAUCCGCUAUGAUUGCCAAACUGAGAUGCCACAGCAGGGUGGUGUCUUGAUUGAUGCAGGCGGCGAAUUCCACGAAUACUACAAUAAUCAGCUAGACCCUGUCGCUGCUCGAUUCCUGCGCGUACGCCAAGCUGCUGCUCGGCGUCCCUUCCCCAGUCCCUUGGGCCCUCGGCUCCUUCGUGGUCUUCGCUCAACGCCUCCCUUCGGCAAGGCCCAUUCUCUGCCUGAAUACAUCCCAACGCGACUGAUGCAGUUCUUCGACGUUCUGAACCAGUAUUUCCCAGCUCAUCGUCUCGUGUCUAGUGACUUCAGUUCUCUGCCUGAUGCGGUGCCUGGAAUAAAUGCCCCUGUUGUACAGACGCGAUACCAGAGACAGACUGUACCGGUGACUACUCCAUUUGUUCACCAAGGUUACUUCGAUAUCUUCUUCCCUACCGACUUUAACGUCGUUGAGGAUGUCUACCGUGCCGUGACAGGGAAAUUGACUCAGGUUAUGAGUCAUGAGGACUUUGUGAACCGCUGGGCUUACAUUGAGGAUACAGAGACUCGAAACGGAGAAAAUCCGUUCUUGACUUGGUACAAGAAUGCCAGCAUGUUGAUGACAGUGUAA